AACCAUAUAUUCUUCCAAACACUCAUUCUCCACUUUCUUCACUUGCCGCCGCCGAGUCGAAGAGGAACCAAUCGCCAUCCUGCCGUCGCAACAAUGAAGUACAACCCACGAGUCUCCUCCUCACGCCGCAAGAGCCGCAAGGCCCAUUUCACGGCCCCCUCGUCCGUCCGCCGCGUGCUCAUGAGCGCGCCUCUCUCAUCCGAUCUGAGGUCCAAGUACAACGUACGGUCCAUGCCGGUCCGCAAGGACGACGAGGUCCAAGUCGUUCGUGGAACCUACAAAGGACGCGAAGGGAAAGUCGUUCAGGUCUACCGUCGCAAAUGGGUGAUCCACAUCGAGCGCAUCACCCGAGAGAAGGUGAACGGUACCACCGUCAACGUCGGAAUCAACCCGUCGAAAGUUGUCAUCACCAAGCUCAGACUCGACAAGGAUCGUAAGUCGUUGCUGGAUCGUAAAGCCAAGGGACGCGCCGCUGCUGAUAAAGAUAAGGGUACCAAGUUUUCGGCCGAGGAUAUCAUGCAGAGCGUGGAUUAAGGUUGUCUUUUAUGUUUUUAAUUAUAUGUUUUGCAACUAUUGAACUUUAGUUUUUUUUCUUUCUAAUGUUAUGAAUCAGUAAUAUGGUGUGGAAUCUGGGAUUUUGUAGACUUGAUAAUGCUAAAUGUUGCGAUUCUUAA